AUGGCGGACAUUGGCUCUGCAUCGACCACUGGUGCUAGCUUCACCUCGGACGUGCGACGUAGAAAUGUACCGCUCACGGAUGGAACUACGACGUCCCCAGUUUUCGCCCAAGCGGAAGAUGCAAAAAAGAAGCGCCAGUCCAGCUCAUAUCUCUCCAUUCUCUCGGGGUGGGAACCAGUGAUUGCGCCGAUCAUUUUGACGGCUCUUUCUAUGUUUACCCGCAUGUAUCGAAUUGGCCGCUCCAAUAUCGUGACUUGGGACGAAGCCCACUUUGGCAAAUUCGGAUCACAUUAUUUGAAGCGCGAGUUCUAUUUCGAUGUGCACCCACCGCUGGGGAAGAUGCUUGUUGGCCUGUCGGGUCUUCUUGCUGGCUACAACGGAUCGUUUGAGUUCAAAUCUGGUGAGAAGUACCCAGAGGACCUCAAUUAUACCUUCAUGCGUCUGUUUAAUGCCGCCUUUGGUGUGGUAUGCGUACCUCUGGCGUACCUGACGGCACGAGAACUCGGUUUUCGCAGAUCUACUGUCUGGCUUGUCAGUUUGAUGGUGCUUUUCGAAAACUCGUAUGCCACUAUAUCACGGUUCAUAUUGCUGGAUUCAAUGCUGCUAUGUUUCACCUUUACCACCACAUUCUGCUGGGCGAAGUUCCACCGACUGCAACAUGCUAGCUUCUCCCUUGAGUGGUUUGCAUGGCUUCUGUUAACCGGUGUCAGCAUUGGCUGCGUAUGUAGCGUCAAAUGGGUGGGCUUCUUCUGCACUGCCCUCGUUGGUCUCUACACUAUUGAAGAUCUCUGGAAUAAAUUCGGCAAUCUCAAGAUGUCCGAGGUCACGCUAGCCAAACACUUUGCCGCCCGCGUAGUCGGCUUGAUUAUUGUGCCAGUGCUAGUUUAUCUCCUCUCCUUUUAUGUUCAUUUCUUGAUCUUGGAGAAUAGUGGCCCUGGUGAUGCGCAAAUGAGCUCUCUUUUCCAGGCCAACCUCAAGGGCACCCAGGUUGGCAAAGACAGUCCGCUUGAGAUUGCGAUCGGCUCGAGGGUCACGCUUAAGAAUAUGGGCUACGGUGGCGGACUGCUACAUUCCCAUGUUCAAACGUACCCAGAAGGAUCCUCUCAGCAGCAGGUUACCUGCUACCACCACAAGGAUGCGAACAACGAUUGGUUCAUCUAUCCCAACCGCAAAGAGGCCGACUAUGAUGCCACUGCGGAUCUUAGAUUUGUUGGCGACGGAGAUGUGAUUCGGCUCAUUCACGCUCAGACAGGCCGCAACCUUCACUCGCAUAAUAUUCCUGCUCCGAUAACCAAGGGCCAUUAUGAAGUUUCUUGCUAUGGCAACCUGACAAUUGGGGAUGACAAGGAUCAUUGGAAAGUUGAAGUCGUCGACGAUGCGGCGUCGAGGGACAGGAGCAAAAUCAGGACUCUUACCACCGCUUUCCGCCUGCGACAUCCUGUCCUAGGUUGCUAUCUGCGCGCCGGCAAUACGAACCUUCCACAGUGGGGGUUCAAGCAAAUUGAGACAACAUGCGUCAAGGAGAAUAAGCCGCGCGAUGUUUACACACAUUGGAAUGUUGAAACUCAUUCUAACGACCGACUCCCCCCCGGCGAUCCUGGCUCUUACAAGUCUCCCUUCUUCAAGGACUUUGUGCACCUGAAUGUGGCGAUGAUGACAUCUAACAAUGCUCUCGUUCCGGACCCUGAUAAACAGGACGAUCUUGCCUCGAAAUUCUGGCAGUGGCCGAUACUCAAUGUUGGUCUUCGAAUGUGCUCUUGGGAUGAAAAGGUGGUGAAGUAUUACCUACUCGGAAAUCCCGUUGUCUAUUGGGGAAGUACUGCCAGUUUGGGCCUGUUCGGCCUGCUGUUCUUGUGGUACCUUGUACGAUGGCAGCGGGGCUACAAUGAACUUACCCAAGCAAACAUUGAUCACAUCCAUUAUGCUGGCUUGUACCCUGUAGUGGGUUGGGUCCUCCACUACCUGCCGUUCAUCGUCAUGGGGCGAGUGACCUAUGUUCAUCACUACUACCCAGCGCUAUACUACGCCAUACUCACUUUCGGUUUUUGCGUUGAUUGGGUCACUCAGACCCUAAGCACUAAGGCUCGCGGGAUUAUUUACGGCCUUCUUUACAUCUUGGUAGUAGGAAUGUUUGCCUACUUUCGGGUGAUCGUGUUUGGCAUCGAAGGUCCAAGCCAACAGUGGCGUCAUCUGAACUGGCUGAGUGGUUGGCGGAUCGCCAACUGA